CAAACUUUAAAAGACUGUGUUGAUGGUUUUGACCGUCUCGGCUUUCCCCAAUGCCUUGGAGCAAUUGAUGGGUGCCACAUCGAAGUUAGGCCGAAUCCAGCCGAUGCAACCGACUACCACAACUAUAAAGGAUGGUAUUCUAUUGUUCUACUAGCUGUAGUGGAUUAUAGAUAUCGGUUUUUAUAUGUGAACAUUGGUGCUCCUGGACGAUGCAAUGAUUCGCAGAUAUAUAAUGCAUCGUUAAUGAAGCGAGUAAUGGAGGAGAACGAAUUACUGAAGGUCAGUAAGAAAGAAAUAGGUGGAGUACAAAUGCCUAUAUGGAUUAUUGGAUAUUCUGCGUUUUGGUUUUCCACCUCCUAAAUGAAGCCAUACGCGUUUUCAAUGGCCUUAACUGAAACACAAAAACUCUAUAAUUAUAAGCUUUCAAAGUGCAGAAGAGUAGUUGAGAAUGCAUUUGGCCACUUGAAAGGACGAUUCCGUCGUGUUGGAAAAGGUUUAGACAACCGAAUUGGGAAGGCACCCAUCAUUAUUAGAGCCUGCUGCGUCUUGCACAAUUAUUUAAAUGAAAUGAACGACACUAUAAAUGACAUGUGGUUGGAGAGAUUGCAAGAAGUGAACAGAAAUCUCGAAAAUCCUGAAUAUGUUACUAUAGUUGGAGACAAUCAACCCUCAGCUGAAGAAAUAAGGCAAGGACUAUGCAAUUAUUUUAGCUCAACCGCAGAAGCUGAGCUGCUAGGCAUUGGUGAUGAUGGCGAUGAUAGCGGCGGUGGCGGUGUGGUUGGCAGAGGAGUGAGAGGUGACGACAGCGGCGGUGACGGUGUAGGCAGUGGUGUGGUUGGCACAGCAGGAAGAGGUGAUGCCAGUGGUGAGGAAAAUGUUGGGCUGAGUGAUGACGGCAAUACUGGGGUCAGUGGUGAUGGCUGGGAUGCUAUAUCGGCUUCUGUUUAA